ACCAUAGCAGCAACGUUGCAGUAUUAAAAGAACGUUACUCUGAGUCCCCUUUUAACAUGAUAUAAACACAAUAAAAAGGUGGAAUAAAAGGGUUGUGAGCACAGGGAGGGAGAAUGUCUGCUAACAAAAUGUCAAUGCGCAAGGCUGGUGCUGCCAAAAUGUCCCAAAACGAGGCUGUCAAGAAACUACAGGGAGGACGACGUAAACAAAUACAAUUUUUUCGCUUGACAUUUCAAGAAUUGAAGGAGAAAUACAUCAGUGCUGCUGAAUCUGUAUUGCUAGACGCCCUCGUUAACGACGACAUGCCGCCCGGACGUAUUCCGUCGGCGUCAAAAGGCAAGAGCCGCGUGAUUAGACCGAGUUCGGCUGCUGCCAAUAUCCAGACUCAUCCGUCGUUUUCAACCGGUCUCUACGACAAUGUCACGCUUCGACCAGCCACGGCAGCUGCCGCCGGACGAAGACAAGAACCUGCUCCGCUAGUACAGAGGCCAGCUACUCAGGCAGUCGGUGCUAGACGCCAGUGGAGAACCAGCAAGGAAGAUACGGUUUUGGAGCCAAAAGAAAUCAACAAACAGCCUCGCAGGCUUACAAUCGGGGCUGUGGAUGGGAUUGCAAGGGAUACAACCAAAAUACAUAGGCCAGGGAUUAGCCAAGGCAGUCAAGCAACGUUGUUAAAGAGCAAGGUAGUUUCUUUAUUAUAUUCAUUGUUUAAUUGGCGAUUUGUUUACAUUGGAUUUGAUUGACAGCAGUCCGCGUGC